AUGGACCCGAGCCUGUAUUUUGCCUUACCUGAGAGCUUCGACCCUCUGAUAAGUCCUUUGGACUUCGAGCAAUGGGUGCGGAAGUUCAAGGCGUGUGCAACUGCUAACAAGUGGGAAGACGACGACCAGUUGAAGCACCUACCACCACUACUCCGAGGUGAUGCAUGGAUUGUUUAUGAUGAGCUCAAAUCCAAUGAGAAGGAUACGAUGGUCAGCCUGGUUAAGAAUCUCUCCCACAAGUUGAAUAUUGCUACCCGGAUGCAGAGCAGCGAGCAGUUGUAUCGUCGAACUUUGGAUUCUGGUAGUGAGUCUCUACUCACAUAUCAGAAUGAUAUAAAGAGGUUAGCGCAUCGAGCCUACCCCGACAUGACCGCUGACCAAGUUGCCCCUAUUAUUCUUACUGCUUUUAUCCGAGGGUUAAGAGGACAUUCGAUGUCGCUUGCCCGAAAGGUUAGGAAUGCAAAUCCGAAGACUCUUCAACUCGCACUUGAGAAAGCUCAUUUUUUGUUGUCGGAUCCUUUUGAGGAUGGUGAUGUGUCUCAUGAGA